AUGUCACCCAGCAAUAAUACAGGUUCCAGUCAGCCCGCCAGGAGUGAACGAGGUGCAAAAAAAAGAGCUAUGGAGAAUGCAGUCUGGAUGACUACAAGACCACAGCGGCAGCGCCCAGCUCCAGAAAAGCCCACUGUGAUGAAGAAAACAACUGCACAAAGGAAAGCUCACGUGUCUGUAACCAAGCAUGGCCGCCACGAUGGUGGUGUAGCACAAGUUACUAGUAGUCGGCCCGAUACCCCAGAUGAGAUCCUAGGGCUUGCAGCUAAAAAGCGUCGAGUCGUGGGUGAAACAUCUAAAGGAAAAGCAAAUACUAAGAAGCGCCGAGUCACCGAACCAUAUGCAGAUUCCGAUAUCGAUGUCGAUAUCGAUGAAGGCCUCAUGAGCGCUGUCAAGCACACGCAAAAGAAAGGAAAAGAAAAGGAACUAUGGUCACACACCUCCCAACCAAUCGACAAUGAAUUUUCAAGCGACGAACCUGUCGAUGAGAUCUCUGAUUCUCGACCUAGUCACAAUGACUCGGAGAAGGACAGUGAGGAGGAGGAAAUUGAAGACGACUUGGAGGAGCCCAAGUCCUUAUCAGCCGAAACACCAGUGUUUGUUUUGAGGUCGAAGGCAGAACAGACUGACCUCCCUUUGACCCAACCCACCUGGCCUCGUACAACUACCUCGAAGGAGCUGAUGCGGGCGGCUCAACCAUUCCCCUUUCCGUCGGCUCAACCAAGGGCUACCAAGAAAACAAAAUCUAAGUCUGCGCGUGAUCGUAAACGAGCAGAUGAGACACCUGUUUGGGCAGAUACUCAAGUCGUCGUGUCAGAUGAGGAACAUGAGCCCAUCAUGGUGUUAGACGACUCCGAGGAGGACAACCCAGAUCACUCUAGAAGGCCCACACUUGUAUGGACAGACACUGAUAUUGACACCCGUCGUGUGGUCCAAAGAGCGAUCUUGGAGGCAAAAGUUCACUUGACAUUUGUCAACGGCUAUCCGGAGCUCACCGAGAAGAGCCUGUUUACGCGGGACGCACUCUUAACAGCAGCUCGCGCCUGCAGUGUCCUGCCCAUCAAGGAUCGCCUCAAGUCUGAUGACUCGUAUGUGACAGCUCUCGCCACGCUGAUUGAAGCCCGAGUGCCACUUUUCCGCACUGAAUUAAAAGACGACGCUUGUGCUCAAGUGACGUCAUACUAUCGUCUUGGCCCUGAUUGUGUCGACACUGCGAAGGCUUUGCUGGUGGCUAUGUUCUGGGUUGCACAAAUUGAUUUGCUCAACACUGUGCACACUCUCCAGGAGAAGAACGACCCCAUUCCACAGCCAAAAAAGCCAUACUUCGCUGAUAUCUUACCAUAUCUAAUGAAGGGGCGCUACUUCAAUGGGCUAAAGUCAGUUGGCAUGAAAUUUUCAGACCGUUUCAAGGAGAUUGCGCAAAACAAGGCCCAGCGGCCCGAAGUUACAAUUCCAAUGGUCGCCUUAACGAGUACUUCGGUGUAUGCUGCACUCUUCUGGAAGGCUAAUGGAUCUCCAUCGAAAUUCAAUUUUACUGGCAAUCUAUUCAGCGAGGUCUACUUUUUUCAUGUGAAAUUUCUUGAAGACAUGAAGGUGACAGCGCCGCGCAAGUUUCACAAGAUGAUGGCUGACAUUUUCGAGGCUAUCCAGAAACUCUGCACCCAUGGCAACAACGCUUUAGUUGGAUCACACGAGUCUGCGAUGGCUUUCCUCGAUAUUGCUGGCAUGGAUGACGAGGAGUAG